CUUACAACACCACAACAUCACAACUCACCUCAAAGCCACAAACUCGAGGCAAACGAUUCGAUUUCUACUAAUUCGGGUCCGGAAUUUCUCGUCGAAUUCAAAUUGGACUUCACAAUUGCCCGGUUCCAUGCCAAUUCUUUAAAGAGCUGCAAAACCCCCUAUCCUCCCACCACCACCUACCUAUCCUACUUGAUCUCGACACGCAGUCCUAUCUGCGAAUACCCUCACCAUGCCCGGCCCCCGCAUGCCCAAGAACGGCUACCGUCGCGGCGGAAAACAAGCCUACCACGGCCCUCGGAAAGCCAAAACCUUCACAGCAUCCAAAGGAGGGAACGAAGCUACGUACUCUGACGAGAAGCGCGAAGCAGUCCGUCUUGCACACUCCAUAGAUGAAGCACAAGGUUUUGCACGCUACGAAUCAGGCAAGAAGAAGACCGGCUGGUUGGUAAACGUCAAAGCUACAUCUGUCGAGGACGCAAAGAUUGCAGACGGGCGGGCGGCGCUGGAUUGCUAUUUCCUGGAAGAUGAUGGGGGAACGUUCAAAGCGACGCUGGAAUAUGACCCGUAUUUUCUUGUGGCUGUGAAGAGGGGUCACGAGGCCGAGGCGGAGGAGUGGUUGAAGCGUGCGCCUGGUGGAGGGGUGGUUAAGAGUUUAAAGAAAGUUGAGAAGGAGGAUCUGCAGAUGCCGAAUCAUUUGCUUGGGUAUAGGAGGACGUUUUUUGAGCUGCGGUUUGCGAAUGUGAGUGAUUUGCUGGCGGCGAGGAGGGAUAUUAUGCCCAUUGCCGAGAAGAAUAAGAAGAAUAUGAAUGCGAUGGAUACGUAUGCGGAGGUUGCUAGCGCAAAUGCUGGUUUUGACCUUUUCGAUGAUGACCGAGACGAUGAACGACGACUUAAUGUUUCUGUGGCAGAUGCAAGCGAUUUUAUUGUGGAUAUUAGGGAAUGGGAUGUACCAUAUCACGUACGAGUAAUGAUAGAUUUGGAUAUACGGACUGGAAAAUGGUAUUCGGUCGAGGCGAAACACGGCGUUACAACAAUGAAAUGUUUAGAAGAGCGACUGGAGCGUGCGGAUCCAGUGGUAAUGGCAUACGAUAUCGAGACGACGAAACUGCCUCUGAAGUUCCCAGACGCUACAAUCGAUCAGAUCAUGAUGAUAUCGUACAUGAUAGAUGGGCAAGGGUUCCUGAUCACGAAUCGAGAGAUUGUUUCGGAAGAUAUCGAGGAUUUUGAAUAUACACCAAAACCGGAAUAUGAGGGCCCGUUUAUGAUUUUCAAUGAGCCGGACGAGAAAGCAGUGAUCGAGCGGUUCUUUUUACAUAUCAAGGAAGCACGGCCGACAGUAAUUGCGACUUACAACGGAGACUUCUUCGAUUGGCCAUUUGUGGACGCCAGAGCAAGUGUUAAUGGAAUCGAUAUGUACCAGGAGAUUGGAUGGCGGAAAGGUCCAGAAGAUCAAUAUUGCUGCGACUACAGUGCCCAUAUGGAUUGUUUCCACUGGGUCAACCGAGACAGUUAUUUACCGCAAGGAAGUCGAGGUCUCAAAGCCGUUACGACAGCCAAGCUUGGAUACGAUCCAGAUGAAAUCGACCCGGAAUUGAUGUUACGGUAUGCGAGCGAAAAGCCCCAGGUACUUUCGGAGUAUUCCGUUUCCGAUGCGGUGGCGACAUACUACCUGUACAUGAAAUACGUUCAUCCUUUUAUUUUCUCACUGUGCACAAUUAUUCCUCUGGGUCCGGAUGCAGUGUUGAGGAAAGGAACAGGAACUCUGUGCGAGAUGUUGCUCAUGGUGCAGGCAUACCAGAAAGAAAUCGUCUUGCCGAACAAACACGUUUCACCCAAGGAGGCCUUCUGGGAAGGCCACUUACUGGAAUCGGAAACAUAUGUGGGUGGUCACGUCGAAAGUAUUGAAGCUGGAGUCUUCCGCGCCGACAUCCCUGUCAAUUUCGCUGUGGAUACAACUGCCAUUGAUGAGUUGCUCGUGGAUCUGGAUGCGGCGCUGAAGUUCAGUAUCACGGUCGAAGAAAAGAAGUCGCUCGAUGAUGUUACGAAUUACGACGAAAUAAAGCAGCAAAUCGCGGAUCGACUCAAUAGUCUAAAGAAGACUGCGAAUCGAAGCGAGAGGCCCCUAAUCUACCAUUUGGAUGUUGCAUCCAUGUAUCCCAAUAUCAUGACCACAAAUCGAUUACAACCGGAUUCUAUGAUCCAGGAAUCGGAUUGUGCGGCUUGUGAUUUCAACAGACCUGGAAAGACUUGUGAUCGGAGAAUGCCUUGGGCCUGGAGAGGAGAGUAUUUGCCUGCGAAACGAGAUGAAUACAACAUGAUUCGGCACUCUCUCGAGAAUGAACGCUUCCCUGGCAAGUGGCCGAACAGCCCUGCCCGGACAUUCCAGGAUCUGUCUGCUGACGAGCAGUCCACAUUGGUUCGGAAACGUCUUCAAGUCUACAGUCAGAAAAUCUAUCACAAGAUUCACGAGUCAAAAACCAUUGAGCGGGAGGCUAUCAUCUGCCAGCGAGAGAACCCUUUCUAUAUCGACACUGUGUCAGAAUUCAGAGAUCGUCGGUACGACUACAAAGGGAAGCAGAAACUCUGGAAAGGCAAGACAGAAGCCAUGAAAGCAGCCGGUGCUUCGACUGCCGAGAUCGAGAGUGGAAAGAAGAUGAUUGUGCUUUUCGAUUCGCUUCAACUGGCUCACAAGGUCAUUCUGAACUCGUUCUAUGGUUAUGUCAUGCGAAAAGGUUCUCGUUGGUAUUCUAUGGAGAUGGCUGGUGUUACCUGUCUCACUGGUGCGCACAUCAUUCAAAUGGCACGUCAGCUAGUUGAACGAAUUGGUCGGCCUCUGGAACUGGACACGGACGGUAUCUGGUGUAUGUUGCCGGCCACUUUCCCUGAAAACUACGGCUUCACUCUCAAGAACGGGAAGAAGCUCGCCAUUUCAUAUCCUUGCGUCAUGUUGAACCAUCUUGUUCAUGCCAAGUUUACGAAUCACCAAUACCAGACUCUCAAGGAUCCGAAGACUUUCCGAUAUGAAACACAUAGCGACAACUCCAUUUUCUUCGAAGUUGACGGUCCGUACCGCGCCAUGAUUCUGCCUACGUCUAAGGAAGAAGACAAGAAUUUGAAGAAACGUUAUGCUGUUUUCAACGAUGAUGGAAGUCUGGCAGAGUUGAAAGGGUUCGAGGUCAAGCGAAGAGGAGAGCUGAAACUCAUCAAAAUAUUCCAACAGCAGAUUUUCAAGUUCUUCUUGGAAGGCACGACCCUGACAGAGACAUACACUGCGGUAGCGAAGGUUGCCAAUCAAUGGUUGGAUGUUCUCCACUCGAAGGGAGAAACGCUCGCCGAUGAAGAACUUAUCGACCUCAUUUGCGAGAACAGAAGCAUGUCCAAGACUUUGGAGGAAUAUGGGACGCAAAAGUCGACAUCCAUCACUACUGCCAAACGUCUGGCCGAUUUUUUGGGCGAACAGAUGGUCAAGGAUAAGGGUCUGAACUGCAAAUAUAUUAUUUGCUCGCGGCCGAAGAAUGCACCUGUCACAGAGCGAGCCAUUCCAGUCGCUAUCUUCUCAGCGGAAACUACAGUGAAACGCUACUUCCUUCGCAAAUGGCUCAAGGAAGAUCCUACAAACAUGGAUCCCAGAGCGUUACUUGAUUGGGAUUACUACCUUGAGCGUCUUGGUUCAGUCAUCCAGAAACUUAUCACGAUCCCAGCUGCACUCCAGAAAGUCCGGAAUCCUGUACCCAGAGUCCCACAUCCCGAGUGGCUGCAAAGGAGGAUCAAUGUUAAGGAAGACAAGAUGAAGCAGAAGAAGAUGACGGACUUGUUCAAGUCAGCUCCCCUGGACGAGAUCACAAACUUGAUGGACCCUCGAGCUGGCGAUAUGGAGGAUUUUGGAGUCAAGCUAUUAAAACCAAAAGCCCUUGGAGCUCAGCUCUCACAAGCAACACAAAAAUCUCAGAAACGAAAAUCUCCUGAACCAGCUGUUGCUGUCUCGACAAAUCCGUAUGCUGCUUUACCGGAGAAGAUGCCAAAUCCAACGGAAGACUACGAAGGGUUCCUCGAGUAUCAGAAACAGAAAUGGAAGAUCCAAAAACAGGCACGACUUCGACGAAGACAUCUGUUUGGAGAGUCUCGAGUUAGUGCGCAGAACAAUAUCGGAGCCACGUUCCAGAACCAGGCGGAGAUCACGUAUAAGAGCACUUGGCAGGUGCUUCAGUUGAGAGGUACGACUAGUCCGGGAGUGGUAUCAGCCUUCGUGCUCAUCGAUUCGAAAAUCCAUACUCUAAAGGUCAAAGUUCCGCGUCAAGUAUUCCUCAAUUUGAAGGGCAAGGAACUUCCGGAUAUUGAGGUCGAUGGCUGUGAAGCUCAAAAGGUCACCCAUACAUUGCCUAAUGGUCACCCGUCCGUGCAUCUGUUCAAGCUCACGAUGCCGGAAACGGUCUAUGUAAAUGAUGCACAGAAGCUCUCGCUGUUGUUCAAUCAUCCCAGUGUUGAAGGCGUAUACGAGAAGCAGGUUCCUCUCAGCAUUCGAGCUGUGCUUCAGCUGGGUAGCCUGUGCACUUUUGAUGAAACUCAACCUGGUGUUCUCGGAAAAGGUCUUGAGUCUGGCUUCGAUCUGUCUGGACUUCGACGAGCUGUUUCGAAGAACCCGUAUCUCACCCAGUCUCCUAUGGCGUAUCUCUACCUGUACCACGUUGUUGCUGGCGAUCGUCAAGUAUUUGCACUGUUCUCCUCUGCUAAGGAACAAGCAAAUGUUGUUAUUCUCCAGAAAUCGAAAGAUUCGGCUCAGGACCUACCAAAUAUCGGAAAGAUUUAUAGUGAUAUGCUGGCAAGGAGAGAGCAAGAAGCAGACGGUCAGGAUUGGCAGACUUGUUUCACAUACCAAGAGAAGCUGCAAUUCAAGACUAGCCAGGUCACCACAAGACGGAAAGCUUUGCUUGAGGUUGGUGAUAUCGUGAAGAAGAUGCGUAAUGAUGAGUCGAAACCACUAAUGCUCGUCAUUCAAUCUCCUCAACGACGCAUGCUUAUUCACGAUAUUCCAAUCCUGGCCGACUUCCCAGUAUUGCCUUUGAAAUACGAGAUUGCAGACAGUAAUCUCCCUCCGCUUGGAUGGCAGGCUUUUGUUGCCAAGCGCCUGGUCAAUAAUUAUCUGAGUCUCGGAUCCUGGAUUGUGCAUCUUACUGAGCUUGCAAGAUAUGGUGAUGUACCACUUUGCAAUCUCGAGAGAGAUGAUCCACGAUUCCUCAUCGAUAUUGCGUAUGCGAGACGGCUGCAGAAGAAUAAUGUGGUUCUAUGGUGGUCUGGAGGGCCAAGGCCGGAUCAUGCUGGAUAUGAACAGGAUGAUGUUCUGGGACCCUUGGACACGGUGCAGAUGCCGUCCGUCAACAAUCCUGGAACCUACCCUUCUGUUUGUAUCGAGAUUGAUGUACGGAAUCUGGCAAUUAACACGAUUCUCACUUCGUCACUCAUUAAUGAGCUGGAAGGAAGCGACUCCAUAUCUUUCAACCCCGCAGCACCCCAAGACGACUCCCCGAGCGAUGGCACGAAUGUACUGUAUUCUGAUAAUGCAUUUGCAACUGCUGGUGUCACUGUUCUUCGAGAGAUGGUCAAAGCUUGGUGGACAGAGGCGUGUAAAGGAAGCAGCAUGGCUGAUAUCAUGGUCCAACAUCUCGUCCGAUGGGUUGAGAAUCCCGACUCCUUCUUGUACGACCGAUCUCUGCACUACUACGUGCAGAUGAUGUCCCGGAAAGCUUUCCAGCAGCUCAUGACUGACUUUCGUCGUGUUGGAUCUCACGUUGUCUUCGCCUCGUCUAAUAGACUGCUCCUCCAAACAACAAAGUCAGAAGUCGGGAAUGCAUACGCUUACAGCCAAUAUAUCUUGAAGUCAAUAAAGGCGAAACCACUCUUCCACUUCUUGGAUUUGGAGAUCAAGGAAUACUGGGACUACCUUGUAUGGUACGACGAGUUCAACUAUGGAGGCAAAGCCACAACAGAAGUCGUUGAAGCAGAAAAUCAAACAUUGGAUUGUAUCAUGCACUGGCAACUCAGCAAAUUUCUCCCAAUUCCGCUCCAGCCAAUCUUCAACGACUGGGUCGUCGAAUUCGUUGAGAAGAUGCACGCUCUCAAGCGUCCUACACUCGGAUCUACGUCUACGCCCCGGGCGACCCAUAUCCCAGUCCGCGAACUCGGCGACGACAAAGAGGACAAGAUCAUCCUCGGCAAAGACUUCGAGAGGCCCCUCAAGCGCCAGAUCGCAGGCCUCAUCCGCCGCCAAAAAGACGAGAUGCUGCAUCCAGAACUCGCAUCCGAUUACAGCUUCCCCGUCCUGCCGGGCUCACAUCUCACCUUCUCGAACCCGGCUCUGCAGCUUGUCAAGUCUCUGAUGCAGGUCCUCAGUCUGGACCGCAAUAUCACCAUGGAAGCUAGACUUCUGCGAAAGGAGUUGCUAGCUCUAUUCGAGAUCAGAGAAUUCAGUACGGAAGCCCGCUUCGAGAAUCCCAGCGAGAGUCUGAAGAUCCAAGGCGUCAUCUGCGAGAACUGCACCAUGAGCCGCGACAUCGAUUUCUGCCGUGACGAGGACGUCAUGCCUCUAGAUCCCACUUCUGGUUCUGGCCCUGCAGGAGAAACCGUAUCGGGAACAGCCUCCACUAGACCAUGGACAUGCACAUUCUGCUCGUCGGAGUUCAACCGUCUACAACUCGAGGAGAGGCUCAUUGCUAGCGUUCAAGCUAUGCUUGGGGAGUGGGCGGGCCAGGAUCUCAAGUGUGUGAAGUGUAAGAGUGUUAGGGUUAAUGAUUUCAUGGAGCAUUGUGCUUGUAGUGGGGCUUGGGGGGAGAGCGUGGAUAGGGAGGCGUUGGUGAGGAGGUUGAGGGUUAUGGGGAAUGUGGCGAGGGUGGGGGGUUUGAGGAUGUUGGGGGUGGUGGUUGAGGAUGUGCUUGGCGGGAUUUAGAUGGUUUAAUAUAGGGGAGAUGAGAAGAGAGUGAUGGAUGUUGGACAUGGCGCUUGGUGGGAGGUGCUGCUUGGGGUUGGAUUUGGAGUCUAGCUGCAUUUGUUUGUUUACUCGCUUGGGUUAUUGUCGGUGUUGGCGUUAGAUGAUAGGCAUGGCGCUGCAUAGUUUGCGUACAUAGGUAGAUAACGAUAUUACAUACGAUGAACA